CAUUCGAUCCGUCCGAAUACUCUCAAUGUGCAACCAGUUCCGCUGUAAGUAGAUCCUGUUAGUCCUCGAUUGGCUGUCAACCGAGCUGGACGUUUUCUUGCGGUUGCACCAACAUCACCCAUGAAGGUGUGUUAAGGGAAACUGAGGAGUAGCGCCACCCGGAUGGGGUAUCGUACGGGAGGAGCAAUUUUGUAAAUUCCGGCGCUUUCGACAUUACUUGCCUGUUAGGGAGCUGUUUUCUUACUUGGCUCAUGACAACAAUGUACACUUGGCCGGUAGCUGGUGCUGUGUGAAAUUGUGUUGCGGCCCUUCGACAAACUCUCGCCGAGGUGUGUGUGUUUGUAAUGAAGUGAAAAUUUCGUUCGUCCGUGGCCACCGUGAAGAAGGGUGACGUGCGCCGCGCGUAGCUGAGUCGAUAAAUUAGUGUCAAAUCAAUCAGCAAAAUCACAGUGAGAGAUGCGGGAGUGAACACUUUCGCGUGAGUGUCGCUGUGUGUUUGUGUCAGUUGGUUUUCCAAGCUUUGUUUCCCACGUAUCCGUUGCUAUCGCCCGUGCUCGUCAAUCGCAGCAGCUCUUGUAGGCUGCAAGUAGGCUGGAUCUUGGUGAAGGAUUCGCGUUGAACGUUUGAUGGAUUUUGAAAGCUUGUUGUAAUACAGCAGACUGAGUGUUGUCGACACACAAACAAAAAAUACGAGGACACAAACAGAAAGCGAACAACUGCUGGUGUGCUGUACGUCCGAUAGCGAGCUGUUGUCGGCCCACGAAAAAGGACCUUGAAGGACGGUGCUUCUGGUUUAUCUUCGCUCUGUUUUGUCGUGCUUGAUAAGCACAAUAAUCCAGUGUAACGUUUCGAAAGAAGACAAGCCACCACUACACCCUUUUUGGCAUCUCAAGUAAGACGGUGUUAACGUGCCCGGAUUUUUGUUUGGAAGCCAAAUGAAACCAUAAGUGAAGUGGUUCCGGGUGUACCGAACAUCGAAACAUACUCGAUCGCGCCACCAUCGACCUACGGAGGGAUACGCUCCAUCCUCAGGAGACUGCAGCUCGGACACGGAACAUUCGAAUAUCGGAACGAAAAACUACUAUUUCCGGAUGACGUGAAGUGUCUUUCUGACCACGUGGUGGUGUGUUGUGCCGUGUUUGGAUGAGCAGAAGCGUAGGAGAAAGUGUAUCCUUAUGGAUGUGUAUGUGUGUGUGAAACUAGAGAAAGUUUGCCGAGCGCAAACAUCGUCCGAGUAGGGAAUCGUACGAAUUUUAGAUCAACAUAUUGGCCAGCAAGUGAUCCAGUAGUAGCAGCAGCAGCAGUAGGAGCUGAAGGAUUAGUACAAACCUCUGGACGAAGUGGAUUGGUUUUUGCGAUUCGAUUGGAUUCGGAAUUGAAUUUCGGGAUAGAUUCCGCAAACCGUAAAAGGUCCGAACAGCAUCGAACAGCCACACCCGGAAGUAGAGCCGUUGGUGGUGUCCGUUGGGUGAAAAGUGUGACAAAAAUCAACCAUACCAAGUACAGCGCGUGUGUGGGGGAAAUUGUGUUCUUUUUUUUCCUGCCCCGAUCAUCCUGUGGGUACCGUGUGGGUGUAGGUGAGAGCGCUGGUUUAACAUACCAGAAUCGAUGUCAACAUCCGCUGUGUCACCGGCGAGCAGGGCGACGAUGGGUGACCGGAAACGGCCGUCGGUGGUGGUCGCACCGAUGCACGCUGGGUUGAAAAUAUGUAAAAUUGAAAUCGGAAAAUGUUUGCUUUUCGUCACGCUGCUAACGAGUGUUUGCUUUCAAGGCGCUCGCACCGACGAGGGUGAAGGUGGGGCGACCUCGGCCGAUCCACAUCCGCCGCCGACGAAUGAACCCGAAACAACAACCGGAUGUCCACCACCCGAUUUGAAAAUUUCCCGAUCACGCAAACAGUACGCAACUACCGAACCACCCUUCGUCACGUUCGAGACGACGCAGAUCUAUCUGCCGCAAGAUUUCACCACCGCCGACUUUGAGCUGGUCGAGGCGGGCAAGUCCGGUGCCAGUGGGCUUCACAGCCGUGCCGAUGCAGGCGACCAGACCGCUUCGCUGCACGGUAACUCCCACGACACUUCCUUCUGGUGGGAACUGGGCAUCCAGAAUGCGGAAGUGCGCGAAUCUUUAGCGGCAGCCUCGUUCCCGGUCCGUUCGAAGCGUGCAACCGUGGGUCAUCAGCGACGUGCGCAUCAUCACCACCGUCGUCGUAGGUCUUCCCCCGGUCCGCACGACCAUUUGCUCAACCUGGAGGAACUGUCACCGGCCAUAGUGAUAAAUAACAUCUUCAACGAGAAUGACAGCGACCACAGUGUGUACGACAAUCUGUUCCUCAAUAAUGGACCCUCGGAGGGCGACAUUGAUGAUGAGCGGGAUGGUGAAAACACUCCCGACACUGGCCAGUACUUGGACAAGAACGAAAUCGAGGGUGAAGAGAUUAUCGUCGAGAUGGGUGACAACGGGAGCAUCAUUCGACGGCGAGUCAAGCGUAAAUCGGGCAAAACGACGGGCGCAUUGAGCCGCGCUAAGGCAGGCAGUGGUGGUGACGGUGGCAGCAAGAGCAUCGCUCGGCACCAUAAGCAAGAUCACACGAACGCGGACACCCCGGAAGCGGUCGAGCUUGCCGAGGACACUGCACUCGGUGGUGACCAGCAUCAGCCGGGCGGGGUUCGGGGCCAGAUCCGGGUGAAGCGCAAAUCCGGAAAAGCGACCGGUGCGCUCAGCCGACCGAAGGGGGCCAGUGACAGUGGCAGUAAGAGUAUUAGUCGCAAUGCCAACAAAGGGCAGUACGAUGAGGAUGGUAGCUACGUGCCGCCGCUUCCAGACUCGGCCGAAAACCCCGACCGGAAGGAUGAGGAAAGUGAGGAGGUAGAGGAAAGUCCCGAACUACACCAGUUCCGUGAGGUGUCGGAGGUACGGUUCCCCGGCGAGGUGGGACCGCUCGGCGGGCACCGGCUGUGCAAGAUCCAAUGCAUCCGAGGCCACUGGGUUGGGCCGCUGUGUGCGAUGAACGAACACGAGCAGGACGAGCAUGGGCAGCUGAAGUUCGAACCGCUUUACAAACGUUGCGUCGUCGAUCACAUUCCGCCCCAUCUGCUGCUGAGCUACAAGAACGUAUCGGUGACUCUUGGUUGGGAUCUUCCGCAUGGACAUACGCUGCAAGCUCGCUGCCGUGAUCUCGGUCUGUACAAACUGCUGGGCGAAUCGAAGGUUCUGUGCUCCAACGGUCUGUGGGCACCGAAGAUGCCAUCCUGCGUACCAACGACACUGUUAACUAAUUACUCUGACGAUAGUCCACCAUCGAUUCGCAUCAAGGUUGGUGUUGGAUCGGCCGCGUAUGAACCUUCCGGUGUGUUGGCCGUGCUGCCGACCAGUACCAUCCAUCUCGACUGCAUGUAUCCGCGUCGCCGUGGCUCUCCCGAAUGGACGUGGACCGGCUGGUUCCGACAGUAUCUUACCGGUUGGUCCGCCGUGCCGGAGGAGAAAGCAUCACGCUAUCGGCUCACGAUUAAGGACAUUCAGAAUCAGGACUCGGGCACGUACACUUGUGCCUCGCCGCGUGGCCUAACGAACAGUAUCGUCAUCAUCGUGGCUGUGUCCCAGUGCGCCGCACUAACAGAACCUAAUCCACCGCUGUCCCUACGCCUGGAGGGCAUCAAACUGGGUCAACGUGCUCUGUACCGGUGUCCCCUGGGUUACAUGCUACAGGGAACGGCCAAUGCGACCUGUCUCGCUUCCGGAAACUGGUCCUCACCGACACCCACUUGUCAUCCGAUCCAAUGUCCCCCGCUGUUCCUGGAGGAUCCGCAUCUGAGCUUGGUCGAGCUGAACACGUCCGCCUGGGGUCGAGCAGUGUUCCGUUGUGCCUGGGGCUACCGGCUAAGUGGACCGCCCGGUUUGGAAUGUGAACCGAAUGGACACUGGAGCGGUCCGAUACCGCGCUGCCGUGCCAUUCAAUGUCCACAGCCACUGGUUCCAAUAAACGGCAGAAUCGACGGCACCAGUGGCCUGACGACGUUCGGUCAGCGACGCUAUGCGGUCGGGGCACUGGUAACGUUCAGCUGCACCGAGGGUCAUCUUCUCGUCGGCGAGGCGUCAAUUGUCUGCACCGAAACCGGAUUCUGGUCACACCCGCCCCCGUUCUGUAAAGCACAGUGUCCAUAUCCCGGUGAUCCACCGAACGGUUUGAUUGCACCGCUGAAGUUCCACUACGAUCCGGGUGACUACCUGACCGUCCAGUGCCGGCCGGGUUUCGUCGAGCACGGUGCAAACGGUGGCCCACCAGAGCGUCCCCGCUGUACGCCCGAAGGCGAUUGGUCCGGUCCGGUGCCACAGUGUCGAAGCUACGAAGAGAUUUAAACCCCACAGUCCUAGAGGCACCCGUAAUCCUCUACCUGGUACUCUACAAUAAUUCCACCUUCCUCUCUGCACGUUGUGAAUGGUACCAUAAAGCGUCAUGAAGACGUGUAUCGGAGUGGUAUAAGAAUUUGAAGAAAGAAAAAAAACAAAACCACACGUAAAGAGCAAAUCCAACAAAAUGCAACCAUUGCGUGAGAGUCCUUGUGAUAAAAACAAACAAAAGCCCUUCUUGAUGAGUAGCGAAGACACAGACAUACGACACGCAGUGCAUGUAACAUACCGGUCGGUAAGGAUCGGGAUGCAUCAAAUCGGUCAAAUCGGUGAAUCUCCGGAAUAAUCCAUUUGUCUGGACGGAUCAAGACGCGUGUGGGCACUCCACAUUGAAGUUCCCCAUUGUCUGCAUUUGGACCGAGUACAUCUAGUGAAGUGAAACAAAAAUAUAAAAACAUGCAAAAUCUACUUAUACAUAUUUAUAAAAGUACAAGUUUAACAGGAUCAAAACAUAAAAAACAGAAGGUUUUAUGCUGCCACCGUUUCCCUUACAGUGAUGAGGGUGUAAGACACGCAAGCAAGCAAAAGGUGGCGGGUAUCCGUUUACCGGCAGAAUUCUAUUAGUAUCUUCAUAUAGCUACUCACAACGAGGCAUAAGCAUCUUGUUGGUUGUUGGCAGCAAUCAGGCCAUGUCCGGUGUAAGUAAGGAUCUUCCCGAAAAGGGAAGGGAAAGGAGUUGUGAGUGUUAGAGAACUGAACUGAACAGAAGAACGUAUGUUUUGUUGCACUUACAAGAAAAACACCCACAGGAAAGCUAAGAGUAAAAUGAGUUAAAGGCGUUGGCAUUCAAGGGUCAGAGAGUCUGUACUCGAACAAUCUCGCCAUCAAAAACUACCCCCCAGGUGUACCCCCUUUUUGCUGGAAUGGAAAAAAGGUUAAUGAUUCAUCUUCAUAUGCUAGAGCAUUCAAAUGCAUAUUUAACAAAAAGGACAUGUUGCAUCAUGUAAAAUGGUGAUUUAAUCAGAAAAAGUUACAAAGGGCGAAGAUAGUUUGAAGAGUCCUACACACAAAACAUACACACACACACACACACACACACACACACACACACACAC